GCCGGGUGCUGGGCCCGGCGCCUGGCGGCGCGUGUGGGAGGUGGGACCUGCGGGCCAGGACUACUUUUGGCCCUCCGCAGCCGCCGUCCACAGCGCCCCCCUGAGCUCCAAAGCCCUGAGAGAAGACCGGCUCCGGCUCCAGCUACGCCGCGCCAGACCCCUGGCCUGGGCUCUCCGCGCAGGACAGACCAUGAAGCUGAAGGAACUUGAGCGGCCAGCCGUACAAGUGUGGAGCCCAGCUAGCCAGUACCCUGUGUAUCUGGCCACAGGAACAUCUGCCCAGCAGCUAGAUGCCUCCUUUAGUACAGAUGGCACAUUGGAAAUCUUUGAGGUUGAUUUCAGGGACCCCUCUCUGGACUUGAAACGCAAGGGAGUCCUGUCUGCCUCCAGCAGGUUUCACAAGCUGAUCUGGGGGAGCUUUGGCAACGGGGUUCUGGAAGGCUCCGGGGUUAUUGCAGGCGGCGGGGACGAUGGCAUGCUUACUCUAUACAAUGUGACCCACAUCCUGUCUUCGGGAAAGGAGCCUGUGAUUACCCAGAUACAGAAGCACAGGGGGGCUGUCAGAGCCCUUGACUUUAAUCCUUUCCAGGGCAACCUCCUGGCCUCAGGGGCCAAUGAUUCUGAAAUCUUCAUUUGGGAUUUGAAUAACCUGAGUGUGCCAAUGACCCCAGGAUCCAAGUCACAGCAGCCCCCAGAAGACAUCAAGGCACUCUCUUGGAACCGUCAAGUUCAACACAUUCUGUCUUCUGCUCACCCCAGCGGCAAGGCAGUCGUGUGGGAUCUCAGGAAGAAUGAACCUAUCAUCAAAGUCAGUGAUCACAGCAACAGGAUGCACUGCUCAGGCCUGGCCUGGCACCCAGACAUAGCCACCCAGUUGGUGCUAUGUUCAGAAGAUGAUCGUCUUCCAGUAAUUCAUCUGUGGGACUUGCGCUUUGCCUCCUCACCCCUGAAGGUGCUGGAGAGUCACAGCAGGGGGAUCCUGUCAGUGUCAUGGAGUCAGGCUGACGCUGAGCUACUGCUCAGUAGUGCCAAGGACAACCAGAUCUUGUGCUGGAACCUGGGGAGCAGUGAGGUGGUGUAUAAGCUACCCACACUGAGCAGCUGGUGCUUUGAUGUGCAGUGGUGCCCUCGGGACCCUCCAGUGUUCUCUGCUGCCUCCUUCGACGGCUGGAUCAGUUUAUACUCUGUGAUGGGUAGGAGCUGGGAAGUCCAGCAGAUGAGACAGGCUGACAAGAUCUCUUCUUCCUUUAGCAAAGUCCAGCAUCUCCCACCGUUGCAGGUGCCAGAGCAAGUGGCCCAAGCAUCAUUGAUACCUCCCCUGAAAAAACCCCCCAAAUGGAUGAGAAAGCCAGCAGGUGUUUCAUUUGCUUUUGGGGGGAAGCUGGUUACCUUUGGCCUCCCCAGCACCCCUGCCCAUCAGGUGCCACAGCCUUGCCUCCGCCUAGUCUUCAUCAGUCAGGUCACCACAGAACCUGAAUUCCUCAUGCGGUCAGCUGAGCUGCAGGAGGGCCUGGGAUCAGGAAAUCUCCUGAAUUACUGUCAGAACAAGAUCCAGCAAGCAUCACCGCAAAGCGAAAAGAUGCUCUGGCAGUUCCUGAAGGUGACCUUAGAGAAGGACUCCAGAAUGAAAUUCCUAAAACUAUUAGGAUACAAUAAAGAUGAACUUCAGAAGAAGGUGGCCACAUGGUUGAAGAGUGAUUUGGGGCUGGGUGAGAGCCCUCAGCCCAAGGGAGUUGACCUCAACAGUAACAGACAACAGGCCUUUUGCAUCCAGACCUCCAAACAUACCACCAAGGAAGCCUCUGCCUGCUCAACCUUCUUUGAUGAGCUGGUCCCUCAGGACAUGACUCCGUGGGAGAUCCCCAUCACAGAAGACACAGACGGACUCCUGAGCCAGGCUCUCCUGCUUGGAGAACUGGGCCCCGCUGUGGAGCUGUGUCUGAAGGAAGAGUGCUUUGCUGAUGCCAUCAUCCUGGCCCAGGCUGGGGGCGCAGAUCUGCUGAAGCAAACACAGGAGCACUACUUGGCCAAGAAGAAGACCAGAAUUGCCCCGCUGCUAGCCUGUGUUAUACAGAAGAAUUGGAAAGAUAUGGUGUGUGCCUGUAGCCUGAAGAACUGGAGAGAGGCUCUGGCCUUGCUACUGACAUACUCAGGGCCAGAGAAAUUCCCCGAGCUCUGUGACAUGCUGGGAACUCGCAUGGAGCAGGAGGGUGGCAGGGCACUAACCUCUGAAGCCAGACUCUGUUACGUGUGCUCAGGAAGUGUGGAGCGGCUGGUGGAGUGCUGGGAAAAAUGCCCCCAGGCUUCAUCCCCCAUGGCUCUACAGGACCUGAUGGAGAAGGUGAUGGUCCUUAACAAGAGCUUGAAGCUACUGCGGGGUCCUGAUGGGGUGAGCCCAGGCCCUGCCACAACCUACAGAAUCGCUCAGUAUGCCAACCUCCUGGCAGCCCAGGGCAGCCUGGUCACUGCCAUGAGCUACCUACCCAGUGACUGUACUCAGCCACCAAUUCAGCAGCUGAGAGAUCGGCUUUUUCAUGCCCAGGGUUCUGGUGUCUUGGGCCAGCAGUCUCCCCCUUUCCCCUUUCCCCGGGUUAUUGUGGGAGCUGCUCCCCACUCUCAAGAGACAUCAUCUCCCAGACUGGGAUUCCAGUCUUCUCACCAGGUUCCAGCUCCAUCUCCAAGGCCAAGGAUUUUUACACCUCCGUCAUCACUUGUGAUGCCCUUGACACCUUCCCGUCCUAGUCCUUAUCAGGGCUCCAGAAUGCAAAAUACAAGUGACUACAGGCCAUCUGGGUUCCAGGAAGCCCAGUCUUUGCCUGUGGUCCCUGGGCUAAGGCCUGCUUUAUCUCAGCCGCAGCUAUCAGGAGGGCAAAGGGUGCAAGCUCCUAACCCCGUGGGAUUCCCUGGAACAUGGCCUCUUCCUGGUCCACCCACGGCACCCCCAGACAUUAUGCAGGCUGGUUCUGCCUCCCUGCCUGAGACUCCUCGAUGGCUCCCUCUGCUUCCUGUGAGAGCACCAGGCUUCAACCCUAUGAGCUCCCAGCCGCCAGCCCCUCCUGUCACCUUCUCUGCAGCACAUCCUCCAGGAGGGCCAGGUGCUCCAUGCGCCGAUGCCUUCCCGACCACUGGCAUCUUGACUCCUCAACCAGGACCUCAAGAUUCUUUGGAAAAUGCUCCAGUGCCCAGGGGAAACCUCCAGAGGAAAGAGUUGCCAGAGACAUUUAUGCCCCCAGCACCAAUUACUGCUCCAGUUAUGUGCCUCACCCCUGAGCCACGAGGGGUCCUUUCCUCACAGCCUGCUGUCCCCAGUCAACUGCAGCGGCCACCUGAGAAGAUGGACAGGAAGGAGCUGCCCCCUGAACAUCAGUCCUUGAAGAUCAGCCUUGAGGCGCUUCUGCAGCGCUGCUCCCUGUCUGCCACUGACGUAAAGACAAAACGGAAGCUGGAUGAAGCAGCCCAACGUCUAGAGUGUCUAUAUGAGAAGCUCUGCGAAGGGACACUGCCUUGCCAGAUUUUCUUACUGUACACUAUCAAGUAAUUCUGCCAAGUGAGACAGCCAAGUUAGUACAUGCUGCUGCUUGAUUAGGGACGAAGGGCAAUUUGGGAGAUUCAAGAGGCCCAGAUCAAAGCUGAGGGAAGGAGCAAAAGGCCUUUUGCUGAUGGAACUGGAAAUGAAGCACUAGGAGACCCUGAAAGGAAGCAUGUCCCCUGUAAGGAGGUAAGGGGAACCUCUCUCCUCAGUAAGUGUUAGUGGGACCAGAAGAUGUGUAGGGAUGAGGCCAGAGAUUUGAGGUCUGACCUGGGCAUUGUGUCAAUUUGGAAUAUGAGAGCCUUUCCACUGUCACUGGUCAGCCUUUAGAGCCUCCACCCAUUUUACCCACUUGGAGCCACUCCUCUGUGCUUUCUCCUCCUCUACAAGAGAUGGGAUGAAGUUUUCUAGCAUUUGACCAGUUCUGCUCCGGAAGGGCUGCGGGGCUACCUGGUGCCUAUGACCCAGGACCAGCCUAGGGGAAGGGAGAUGACCGGCAAGCUCCUUGGGCUGCAGAGGGUCUGUCAGGGAUUAGUUCUUGCCUCCCCAGAGCCCUAUUUCACCAAGUCCCUGCUGUACUGCUGCUUUCUGAGAAGAGAACCAGAAGACUCAAGCACAACCAGCAGCAAGGUCUUAGCUACUGAGUGAAUGUAUUGGUGGAAGAUUUAUGGGGAUGAUUUACUAAUCCUUGGCAGAUUAACCUCUGUCAGGCCAGGAUAACUACUUAGGCCAUCAGGGAAGUGAGGCUCACAGGAGGAUAGUAUCCUGGCAAGGUGGGAGGGAGGAGAGGACCUAGAGGUUAUAUCUUACACACGCUCUUCCCCAUAUCCCCAAGAAUAAGUUCAAUACCUGAAAAAAAGGCACAUGUCACAGUGACUGCAAUAAAUUAAGGUUCAAGGUGCUGAACUUCCUAUUAUUAACAGUUUCAUUGCAGGAAGUUUAUGUAUUGAAGGAAAGUAUCCAAUGCCUGAAUCCUG